AUGCAUCGAUUUAUCGCACUGGCAUCGGUGCUGACCUGCGGCCAGGCCGUGGUGUUCUCCUCCGUGGACAUUCCCCUCAACAGCUCCGGAGCUAUCCUGAGACAAGAUGCGUAUGGAUAUUCCAUCGAACCGUCCUCACUGGCACCAUACCUGCAGAGCAGCCUUGCCUCAAAGCUCCUGAACCAUAUCGCAGACAUCGCAGGCGUACCAGCGCCCAUCCGCGUUGGUGGUAAUAUCGCUGAUCAGACGCUGUUCGUGCCUGGUCUGGACGUCCCCUCGCGUGCAAUCCCCAACGACACCACAGUCGACGUGCUCCAGAUACAAAAGGACUGGUUUCGCGGGUGGAUCGAGUAUUUCCCCGAUGGCACGGACUUCAUUUACUGCUUGAACCUGCGCAAUACGUCCGAGUCGUGGACGAACGCCAUGCAGGAGGCAGCCGCCGCGAUGGAUGUGCUCGGGGACUCGCUAUCCAUGUUCGAGCUGGGUAACGAGAUCGACCAUUAUAUCAGUAAAGGAUGGCGCAACGCCAGCUGGGGCACCAAGGAGUACACCCGCCAGUGGAAGCAGCUGACCAGCCAGAUUAUGGCGGCUGAUUUCUACCGACAAGCCGAGCACCAGCCGUUGUUCCAGGCUGCCGUCUUCGCCGAUCCUCCCUGGGUCCCCGACCAGCAGGACGAGAUCGAUGACUUUGAUAUUAUCAAUGUGACACGGGCUGGGCUCGUCGACCCCGAGAUCAUCAAGUCGUACGCGGUCCACCUCUACCCCCAAUCAACCUGCGAUGCACCCCGUCGAGCGCGUCUAUCGCUCGACCUGCUAUCAGAUCACCAGGUCGUGUGGAGGAACUUGUCGCAAUACGUUCCCCAGCAGGCGGCCGCACAGGCAGCCGGCAGCCCGCUGGUCCUCGGUGAAACGAACUCUGCGUCUUGUAGCGGACAGAGUGGUAUCAGCGACACGUUCGGUGCGGCUCUCUGGGCGACGGACUAUGUUCUCACGGCGGCAAGCAUCGGGAUCGAAAAGGUGUAUUUCCACCUGGGACACCAUAGCGAGUACUCGUCGUUCACGCCAUUGCCGUAUGAGUACGAAGGCGAGAAUCUGACUGCUGGUAUUCGAGCGAACUUCUACUCGCAUGUAUUCCUUGCGCAUGUGCUCGCCAGUCAUGAUCAUACACCGAGACAAAUUACCGCGCUGCCUUCUGCAAACUCGUCCGAUUUCAGUGGCUACGCCGUGUUCAAAGAGGCAGCCCGGCCGGAGCUCGAGAAGCUGGUGUUUGUCGAUAUGGGCGUGUGGAACUCGAGCAUGGGACUUAGCAACCCUUCUACCGUAUCUGCUACAGAUAGCACGUUUGUCUCGCCGGGACAGCGACCUCGACGUGAGGUCCAGGUGCGUACAUCGUGGCGUGCGGGAACCAAGGUGGAAAUCAUCAGGCUUCAGGGGCCGGGCACAAACGCAAAGAGUGAAGUCAACGUUUCGGGUGUCAGUUUCGAUCCGCGCUCUGGCGAGAGGAUUGGUAAAAGCAAGCCAGACCGGGCAGUUGUGCGCAGGAAUGGAGUCGUGGAGUUUGAACUUCUCCAGGCAGAGGCCGUUUUGCUGCAGAGACUAUAG